ACUCCGGAUUUGGGAGCUGGCGGCAAACCACCUUCCCCUUCCCGCUCAGCAACCGAGCCUGGGAACUCCAAAGGGCACUUUCCCACGGGUGUUUGUGUGUGUGUGGAAGAACAGGGAGGAGGAGGAGCCCGUUUCACCCGUUCUAGACUCCCCUCCCCAAAUGGCUGGGCCUCUCUAGGAAGCGGCUGUUCUCUGUGCCUCUUUCAACCUCCCCCCUCCCCAAAUGGCCCAGCGAGAGACCCUCUCUCACUGCGCGCGAGAAAGGAAAGAGCGGGGCGCCCAGGUAGGGAGCGAGCAGGUGGCGCCUCCCUCGGCGAGGCAAAGACUGCUGCUGCCCGUGCCAAGUUACCAGAUUUCACCAUUUGUUUCCAGGACUAGAUGUUCAGUCAGAAAUAAAAAUGGAGUUCCAUAACUCAGCUAUCCAAGUUCCAGAGGAGAAAAUGGAGGGAGAAGAAAGAGACUCUCGAGUUCUUCAGGUUGAGGCCACUGGGAAGUUCCUGUCUGGUGUGGAUCCCCAACAAGUUAAAGGGGAAUCAGAUGAAGAGAUCUACCUCAACCCAGAUGGCCAGUGGCAGGAUUUCCAGAAGACUGUGAGGCCUCUUCACUCAGAAAGCGGGAAACCCCAGCAGCCUGGAUCUGUAGACUGGGACCAUAUGACAUCUUUUUCAGCAUCUCUGACAGCCAACCAGGAGCCUAGAGGAAAAGCUGCCCAGGUGCCAAAAAGUCCAGAAGAGAGAGAAGGAAUCCUAGAUACGGAUGUUACCCACCUAAACGUAUGUUGCCAACAGUUCAGGCAAUUUUCCUACCAAGAGGCUGAUGGGCCCCGAGAGGUUUUCAGGCAUCUCCAGGAUCUUUGCCAUCUAUGGUUGAAGCCAGAGACCCACACAAAGGAGCAAAUUCUGGAGCUGGUGAUCCUGGAGCAGUUCCUGGCCAUUUUGCCUCCAGAAAUGCAGAGCUGGGUCAGGGAAGACAACCCUAUAACCUGCUCCCAGGCGGUGGCCCUGGCAGAGGAUUUCCUGCUGUGGAAGGAAGAGGGGGAACUGCAGGAAGAGCAGGUGUCGGAGUCCUUGGAGAAGGUGGCUGUGAAAUCUUGCAAGACAGAGCAGGCUAGGAUGACACAGCUCUGUGGGAAGGCCAAGCAAAAGACUGAGGGGGAGAUCAACUUGCUAUGUGAUGAACAAACAGGUAGAAAAGAUCAACACCCAAUUUAUCCCAAAACAUCUAAAGACAUGGAAGUUGGUGGUGCUGUAUCUGACAAAGCUCAGUGGAAUGCUUUCCAGUUUUCUGAAACAGAAAACAUGUCUGGAAUUCAGCAAAAUCCAGAGAGGCAUGACAGAAAUUACACUCCGGGGAAUAAAGAUAGAAACUCUUUGUGGGAGGAAGCUCACAGAGGUGGUGAAAUCAUAAACAAAAGUGCCUUGCCCGAGAGAAUCCAUAAACAGAACAGGACACGCUCUGGCUGUGCAAAGAACACUAGCCAAAAUUCUGACCUUCUGAAGCAUCAGAUAAUGCUGACUGAAGAAAAAACAUGUCAGCAUACUGAUGGUCGGACAAGUUCCAGCUGGAAAUCAGGCAUUCAACAGGAGAAAACACAAACAGAUAAGCUGCCUACCAACUCUUAUUGUGGAAAUAACUUCAGUCCAGCAGAACUCCAAAGCAGUCCUUGCAGAAUACUUGCAGGAGAGAAGCCACAGAAAUGUUCUGAAUGUGGGAGUACUUUCAGUCAGAGCACAGGCCUUCAUGAAGAGGAUACAGGAGAUAGACUUUAUAUAUGCUCCAACUGUGGUAAAAGCUUUGUUUAUGGAAAACAGGAAAGUCCAUACCCACAAGAGAAACCAUCCAACCCUUCAGAAACUGAAAAAAGUAUUCCUCAGACCUCUGAUCUUCCCACAGGAGAAAAACCAUUUACGUGUUCAGAUUGUGGGAAAACCUUCAGCUUUAGGUCCAGCCUUGUUCGUCAUCAGAGACUCCACACAGGAGAGAAACCAUAUAAAUGUUUAGACUGUGGGAAAAAUUUCAGUCAGAGUUCCAACCUUCUAAAUCACCAGAGGAUCCAUACAGGAGAGAAGCCGUACAGCUGUAUAAACUGUGGGAAAUCCUUCAGUAACAGUUCGAGCCUUACAUCUCAUGAGAGAACCCACAGAGGAGAAAAGCCUUAUAAGUGUUCCAGUUGUGGGAAGAACUUCAGUUGUAAUUCAGUCCUCAGGAUACACGAAAGAAUUCACACAGGAGAGAAGCCGUAUGAGUGUACAGAAUGUGGGAAGAGCUUUAGCCGGAGAGAAUUCCUGAUCGGGCAUCAGCGAACUCACACAGGUGAGAAGCCAUACGAGUGCUCGGACUGUGGGAAAAGUUUCAGUCAGAGGUCAAACCUUAUUAAUCAUCAGAGAAGUCACACUGGAGAGAAGCCGUUUGAGUGCUCAGACUGUGGGAAAAGAUUCAGUCAUAAAGCAUCCCUCCUUAAACAUGAGAGACACCAUAUAAAGGUGCCAGAAAAGAGCAAAGUUCAAACCAUAUUGCCCAUGGGAGAGCAGACACAAGAGAUCAAACCAGAUCCAUGGUGAGCCUGCAGGGAGAGUAUACAUGGUUAGCAGAAAACCCAGAGGAGAAAACCGAAUCAGAUUGUGAAAACUGCUUCAAUCUGAGCUGCCCCACAUUCAGCCUGAGAAAAUAUGUGCAAAAAAGAACCUAUGUAGUUGCUCAGACUGCAGGAAAAUCUUCAUGAAUGAGCUCUGUAGCCCUUUUUUUUUCACUGUCAAAAUCACCUUUGAAAGUGUCCAAGGGAUCCAUUUGAUCUGAAGGCCACUAUUCCCAGGUUACUUCAUGCUCCUUCAUUUCUGUGGCAUCCUGUAAAAGUGUUGUCAGUUAGCAAGCUCAGUAUCAAAUGUGCCUGGAUCUUCACAUCUCUUCAGUCUGAAACACUAACCAAGCUGAAACACUAACCAGGCUGCUAUCCCAGGAGUGUGGGGCAAUGGUUAAAGCAGCAAUCCUCCCAGACUCUGUACAUGGAGAGCUGUGUGUGGACUGUUCUCUAGAAGGUCCUGGUAUAAAUUUUCCUUCUCCCUCCCGUUGCCUUGAUGCUGUGAACUGGCCAAGCUUUUGUCAAGUAUCUCCACUGGUUCUUGUAUUGGUACACAAGCCGCCCCCAGAAGAAGCAGGCCUUGGCUAGAUGAAAGUGGCCUGGCUGAGACGCAGAAUCCACAGGUAGUCGGUGCUGAGGGAAGGGUUUGCACUGAGUCCUGAGGGGAGCCGCACCACAUGUUCUACUUUCUGUGCACAUAAGGUGCAGAAUUGCGGCCUUAUAACACAAGAUGAGAAGUUUUAAAUUCUGUCUCGGUUGUAAACUCAGUCAGUAUUUUGUUGCCAAGCCAAAGCAACAGAAUACAAGUUAAAAUAAAGGCAUUUUAAACAAA